CCCCGCGACCAAAGAGCAUCUCGGGCUUCCUUUGCCAGACCUCACCUCGAAUCCAUCGGAUUGUUUGUUUAGCUUGGAACCGACUUCUGGUGCAAUUAACCCGCAUAAAAAUGGCUGCAGAUCCCUUUGACUCGGCGCUCGACCUCCUCCGCCGCCUGAACCCCAAACACACCAGCGAGCACCUCAGCGCAAUCAUCUCCCUCGCCCCUGACCUGACCGAAGACCUCCUCUCGUCCGUCGACCAGCCCCUCACCGUCAAGCGGUGUAGGCAGACGGGCCGCGACUAUCUGCUCUGCGACUACAACCGCGACGGCGACAGCUACCGCUCGCCAUGGAGCAACCAGUUUGACCCGCCGCUGGACGAGGGCGGCGUCGGCGGCGUCGGCCCCGGGAGCAACGACGGUGCCGGCGAGGGGGCCAUUCCGAACGAGAGGGUGCGCAAGAUGGAGAUCAAGGCCAACGAGGCGUUUGAUAUCUACCGAGAGCUGUACUACGAGGGAGGCGUGAGCAGUGUCUAUCUGUGGAACUUGGAUGACGGCUUUGCUGGCGUGGUCUUGGUGAAGAAGUCUGCCACCCCAGGCUCCAACACCGAAGGCGUCUGGGACUCCAUCCACGUCUUCGAGGCCAUCGAGCGCGGCCGCACCACGCACUACAAGCUCACCUCGACCGUCAUCCUCUCGCUCUCCACAAACGUCGAGAGCACCGUCGGCGACAUGGACCUCAGCGGCAACAUGACCCGCCAGGUCGAACAGGACCUGCCCGUCGAGAACGACGACAGCCACAUUGCAAACGUCGGCCGCCUCGUCGAGGACAUGGAGCUCAAGAUGCGCAACCUGCUGCAGGACGUGUACUUUGGAAAGGCAAAGGACGUCGUGGGCGACUUGCGGAGCGUGGGCAGCUUGAGCGAUGGGGCCAAGGAGCGGGAGACGCAGCGGGAGCUUAUUGGCAGCAUGAAGCGAUGAUGCAUGAAUGGAUGAUGUAGUGGGAAAUCUUGUCUUUUUUUUUUUUCAGCAUUUGUUUAUUUUUUUUUUCUUGAAUGGCAUAGGUAUUUGAAAGUUGUGAUUUUUUGACAAUUUAUAAAACGAAGAUGGAGCGCUUGAUACAUGGAUGUUAGGGACAUGUGUUUGUUAGACAUUCCGCCCUUUGUAAUAGAGAGAGGAGACUUGGGCCUUUCUAGCUCUAAGAUAGAGGAGAUAUACAGACGACGUUCCCUUUUA